AUGGAUAUUUGUUCGGGCUGGCCGGAGGUCACGACAAGGUGGCUGGUGGGGGAGAGGGACGGGGCUGUGGAGGCGAAGGGCAGGGAGAGGAGGGAUGACAGGGAGAGAGAGAGAGAGGGGGAAAAAGUGAAGGAGGAAGUGGGUGAGAGACGGCUUACC